GCGAGUGCCGGUGAAGUCUGAUUGGCGGAGGGAUACGCACGUCCGCACUUCCUACCUUGUCUUCACCCAGUCAACAUGGCCCUCGGAGAGUACCCGGUCGAAUACAAUCCCAAGGUCCAUGGACCCUACGAUCCCGCCAGGUUCUAUGGCAAACCCGACACCCCCUUCGGCCAGGUGAAGCUCGGUGAACUGGGGUCAUGGCUGGGACGCCGCAGCAUUGGGGGCAUCCCAAGUGCUAUCUCCCGUGCUUGGUGGAGAUGGCAGCACAAGUAUGUCCAGCCUAAGAAGACUGGCAUUGCCCCCUUCCUGCAGCUGAUGGUGGGGUCCAUGGCCUUCUUCUAUAUGCUCAACUACGGCAAAAUGGUUCACCACAGGAACUACAAGCACCACUAAAGCAUCAGCAGUCAAGCUCCUUCAUUGCCAGUGCUAUCUCAGUCCUUCUGCCACCAGUGGACAAGCACAGGAAAUGCCAUUUGUAAUCGUAAUUUAGAAGAGGGAAAAAGAACUUGUGUACUGACUCCUCCAAAAUUAUCAGGCUGCCUCUUGUUCAUUGGCUGCUUGUCAAAAAAAACAUCUUUUUGAAUGUAUAAACUUGUAAAUGACCUAAGUACCAUGUAUCUUUAUGUAUAAAAUAAUAAAAAGUUGAAAUCUA